CAAAAGGUGAAAAAGGAAAUUGGGGAUGUCUCCAUCCUGGUGAAUAACGCUGGUGUGAUUACAACUGCCGACCUGCUCUCGACUCAGGACCACCAGAUUGAAAGAAUGUUUGAAGUCAACAGUCUUGCUCACAUCUGGACCACACGAGCUUUUCUGCCAGCCAUGAUGAACAACAACUAUGGUCACAUCGUUACGGUGGCUUCGGCAGCAGGUCAUUUUGUGACUUCUUUCAUGGUGGCUUACUGUUCAAGCAAGUUUGCUGCAGUUGGAUUUCAUAAAGCUCUGACAGAGGAGCUGUCUACCCUGGGAAAGGACGGAAUAAAAACUACGUGUCUCUGUCCUGUUUUUAUAAACACUGGAUUUGUCAAAAACCCCAGUACAAGGCUUGGAAAGAUUUUGGAGAUUGAAGAAGUUGUAGAGGCCCUGAUGGAGGGAAUACUAACCAACCAAAAAAUGGUUUUUGUUCCACCACACCUAAGCAUUGCUUUUCUUUCUGAAAUGUUGUUUCCAGAACGUGCCUUGGCUUUUCUGAGAAAGCUGACCGAUACCAAGUUUGAUGCAGUUGUUGGGCAGAGAAGCACUCAGUGAAGAGGGAAAAUUGAUUCUCAUUUCCCCGUGGCACGAGUGAAAACACAACCUGUGCUGAGCAUAGUGCCACUGGUUUGAUUCAGAGCAGAACUAAGACAGAUGCUUCCAGGCCCCCAUUUCCAAGCACAUCUAAGGGUUUAUCCCACACCUGCAGCAGGGACAUCCCUGCAUCACAGGGAGUGUUAGC